AUGACAGGAAUUAGCACCACUUCAAUCCAUGCCGCUGACAAGCUCUCCAGAGUUUCUGACGUAGUUGCUCCAAUAAAUGUUUCUACCACUUACAAAUAUUCUGAAAAUGUCAAUGACUUGGUCAAAGCUGCUGAUAGGAACCCAGACGAUUCAAUUAUCGGUGAACAUGUUUACUCCCGUGAAACGCAUCCGAACUCCGAACAAGCAGAGGAAAUCUUAGGAGCAAUCACCGAUGCACACGCAGUUACUUAUUGUUCAGGAAUAGCUGCUAUUUUUGCAGCAUUUACUCACUGCAACCCCAAAACUCUUGCAAUUGGAGGAGGUUACCAUGGAACUCACGGAAUUGCAGAUGUUUUCACAAAAGUUAAAAACUUGAAGCAAAUUUCUCUUGAAGACUGCAAGCAAGAUCCCACUUUAUUAAGCGCUGGUGAUAUGGUCUACGUUGAAACGCCUGUUAAUCCAGACGGCGAGAUCUUCGACCUUGAAUUGUUUGCCAAUAUUGCUCAUUCCCGUGGUGCAUCUUUGGUGGUUGACGCUACAUUUGCCCCACCUCCAUUACUGGACCCAUUUAAGCAAGGUGCAGACUUGGUUAUCCAUUCUGCCACAAAGUUUUUCGGUGGACACAGUGAUUUAUUAGCUGGAGUUGUCUUAACCAAGGACCCUAAGGUCAAGAAUGAUUUAGUGAACGAGCGAGUCUUCUUAGGUUCAAAUAUUGCCAACUUGGAAUCUUUCCUCUUAAUUCGAAGUUUACGUACUUACGAGCUUCGAAUUUUGAGACAAUCUUCCAAUGCUACGAAAAUAGUUGAGUAUUUAACUGCAAAUCAAGGGAAGUACCCAAAGAUCCUGAAAGUCAUUCAUGGCUCUUUACAAAAGGAUGCUUUCAUUUCCAAGCAAAUGCCAAAUGGAGAUUCUCCAGUAUUCUGCAUUGAGUUAGAAAGUGAAGAGUUAGCCAAAGCUUUUCCUGGAAAAUUGAAGUACUUUCACCAUGCAACAUCGCUUGGAGGCGUGGAAAGUUUGAUUGAAUGGAGGCCAUUAUCCGACAGUCACUGUCCACCUAAUCUUUUACGUUUCAGUGUGGGAGUAGAAAAUGUGGAAGAUCUAAUCCUUGAUCUUGAACAGGCUUUGAGCAACAUUCAUCAAAAAUAA